CAUAUAAAUCCAAUGAACCAACUGCCUCCAGUCCUAGUCCUAGCUUAGUUGUUAUAUAGCAUGUUGUCAAGCUAUAGUAAGCAGACUGUGCAUAGGGCAUAUUAGUCACAAGUAAUCAUGCGCCGUGUCAAACCGAAUUUGUGUGCGCGCGUCGCGUGCAUGUGUGAGUAAAGUUCGUUGUUGACUGCCGUUUGUACUGUCAGAAGUUCGGGUAAGUUAUGCGCUACUGUAGCACGCGAGGAGAAGUGCAGGGAUGGGGGUUUCGGGAGGUACUGUUUUCGGGCUAUGCCCCGGACGGGGGGAUGUUCAUGCCGGAGACCUUGCCCACUAUCACUCCUGACACUUUGAGGUCCUGGACGUCGCUAUCCUACCCUCGGCUGGUCCAUGAAGUUUGUGCUCUUUUCAUUCCGGACGAUCUCAUUCCUCGCCAUGAUCUGGACGCCGUGCUGUCGGGUGCCCUCUCUCAGUUCUCGGUCCCCGGGGCGGUGCGUCUGGCACGGCUGGGCGGCGGUCUUUCCGUCCUGGAGCUCUUCCACGGAGAGACGCUGGCGUUUAAAGACCUGGCCAUGACCUGCACCACCCGCCUGCUGGACUACUUCCUGCAGCGCGAGAGCAGGCGUGCCACCGUCCUCGUGGGGACGUCGGGGGACACGGGCGGCUCGGCCAUCCGUGGGGCGCGGGGUCUGAGGGGCGUGGACGUGGUGGUGGUGUUCCCUCGUGGACGAAUCACCGCCGUGCAGGAGAAGCACAUGACCACCAGCCUGGAGGACAACAUCCACGUGUUCGCAGCGGACGGCAGCUCUGAUGACAUCGACGUGCCUCUGCGUUGCCUCUUUGCGGACCGGGAGCUGGUGAAGGAGCACGGGCUGAUGAGCCUCAACUCCGUCAACUGGUGCCGCAUCCUGGUCCAGCUGGCCCACUUCCUGUACGCCUACCUGCAGCUGAGCGGGCUGGAGCGGACACCAGGGGGCGCUCUGCCCCGCCUGGAGGUGGUAGUGCCCACGGGUGGGGCCGGGAACAUCACAGCUGGCUGUAUUAUGAAGGAGAUGGGCGUGCCUCUGCGACUCGUUGCCAUGGUGAAUGCCAAUGACAUCGUGCAUCGGGCGGUGCAGAGCGGUGACUUCUCCAUGGCAACCCAAGUCAAGCAGACUCUGGCCUCUGCCAUCGACAUUCAGGACCCCUACAACAUGGAGCGGGUGUUCUGGCUGUUAUCAGGGAGGGACGGACUGCAGGUGAAGGGGCUGAUGGAGGAGUUUCAGCGGUCCCACAAGAUCACCCUGCCCGACGCGCUCCACCGCAAGGUGUCCUCGGUGAUGUGUGCUGGCUCUGUGACAGAUGAGGGGAUUGUGGGGACCAUGAGGCGGUGCUGGGAGGAGAAUCACUACCUGCUGUGUCCCCACACUGCUGUGGCUGUCUGGCACCAUUACCACACUCCCCUCAGCCCUGGAGAGAACAGGUGUUGCAUAGCAACCGCGUCACCUGCCAAGUUCCAGGAUGCGGUGCAGAAGGCGGGGCUGACUGUGGAUCUGCCGGAGGAGGUGCGGGCCUUGGAGAAACUGCCGACACGCUUCCAGUACCUGGAGUGGGGCGAAGACUGGGAACGGCCGCUGAGAGAACGCAUUGUGUCUAUUACCUCCGUCCGACAGCGUGGGGCGUUGUUUUACUCACCAGUGUAGGCAAUCUAUUGAGCAAUCAUAGAUUGUGGCGUGUUGUAUUACUCACCAGUGUAAGCAAUCUAUUGAGAAAUCGUAGAUUGUGGGGUGUUGUUUUACUCACCAGAGGAAUCUGAACCAGGGAUACAGUGCAAUCUUUCUCCCCAGUAAAUGGUGAAAUUCAACAACCAAUACAAACAGAAGCACUCCCACAAUCAAUGUUGUGAUUUUCUUAGGGUCUGCUAAUAUUAAACCAAAAUAUAAGUUAAUAUCAAACAAA